UGUUGGUGUGACUGACAACAAAGAAAGAAGGCGAAAGAAUAAACUACAUUGUCUAUAAAAUUAACAUUAUUUUUUUUUAAUUAAUAAUUUUCACGGAUUUAAAAGUGUUAUUUUUGUAUUUUAUUACUUAUUAAAAAAUAGCUACACAAAAAUGGCACCAAAAAAGCGUGAAAAAGAGCCGGAGAGUUCUACUUCAAGAAUGGUACUAUUCGAUAACGAGUUGUUUUUGCAAGCUUUUGAAAAACCCACACAAAUUUAUCGAUAUAUUGCAAAUAGACAUGCUAUAAAUCCCUUAUAUUUAAAUCGUAACCUAACUUACAUGAAACACCGAAUGUCGAGGACAAAUCAGAGAAGAUCAACUUUUAAAAUAGAGUCUCUUCUUGACCUAAAAUUAAAUAAAAUGAGAAUGGAAAAAGCGAAUGUUUUUGGAGAUUCUAUUACCUUGAAGUUCUUAGGAUUUUAUGACAAUGAGGAAGAGUGGAAGAAAAAUGAUAUUGUUCGAGUAGAAAUUUUCCUUUUAAAAAUAUCUAGAAAAAAGCGUAAAGAUUUUUCGUCUGAUAUUGAUCAAAUUCCGAUGGGUAUGGUUGAUGUUUGCGUUAAUCCUAAUGAAGAUGAAAGUUUGACAGAAAAUCGAAAUUUAGAAAUAAAUAUUCCAACAGAAAGUUUCAUGCCUCUUAAUAACAAUAAUCAAAACGUUUCAUACGGCAUAUUUUUUAAAGUAGAAACUCUAAAAUUAGCAACUGAAUUGGAUGAAAAUCAAGAUGAUAGAAACACAAAGCGACUCAAACCCAACACAAAAUUUUUUGGUGCUGAUUUAUCCAUAUUUGAUAAGCAAAAUCGCUGUAUUUUAGCAAGUGGUAAAUAUGAUUUAGCACUUCAUGAGAUAAGAUAUGCCUCAAAAAGUUCUCCAAAAAAAUACAUUAAUUGGGAAACUAUACCAUCUGAAUUUAGUAUAUUAAGCGAUCCUUCAUUUGAUAUUUUUAAACAGCCAACUUUACAAUUUUAUAUGAGUUGGUCGAGUAAUCAUGAACAAAAGGUUGAAAAGUCACACAUAAAUGGAUAUUGUGAUCAUGAUGAAAGUCAGAUAAUUCGGAACCAUAAUAAUAAUUCUAUAGCUACAGUACAAAAUGCAAAUACUCUAGCUGGAGGGAUCGUAGAAACGUCAGAUAGUGUUACUAGCCCAGCAGCCGGAUUAAAUGGAGAAUUAAAGGAAAGUAAUUCUGGAGAAAGUGUUCAAAUAUACUACAAUUUCAUGUAUAAUAAUAAUUCAAGACAACAAAGUGAUUAUGCUUCAACUGCUGAUUGCCCUUGGUGCAGAAUCAAAUGCAGAAAAUUAUACGCUUUGUUGAAACAUUUAAAGUUAUGUCAUCCUCGAUUUAAUUUCACAUACGUGCCUAUAAAUAAUACGGCUAGAAUUGAUGUUACAAUUAACGAUAUGUACGAUGGUUCGAAUGCUGGUUCUCCUUAUAAUGUUCCUGGUCCAUCAGAAAACUCAUACCAAACAAAUACAAGACGUCGCACAGUAGUAACAAAUUUAUUGGUGUGUAGACCCCGAAGACAGAAAGCAAAUUUAAGCGAAUUCUUAGAACUAGACGAAAAUGAAAUUAAUAAUCAAAGAUCUUAUAUAACUGGUCAUAAUAGACUGUACCAUCAUGCCGAAACGUGUUUACCUAUACAACCCCAAGAACUAGAAUAUGAUUCCGAAGGAGAAUCAGAUCCAUUAUGGCUUCGCCAAAAAACAAUGCAAAUGAUCGAUGAAUUUAGCGAUGUCAAUGAAGGUGAAAAGGAACUUAUGAAGAUGUGGAACUUACAUGUGAUGCGUCAUGGUUAUGUUGGUGAUUGUCAGCUUUCAAUAGCCUGUGAUAUGUUUUUGGAAUCAAAAGGAAAAGAAAUAAUUCGAAAAAAUUUGUUUCGCAAUUUUUUAUUACAUUUGACGUCAUUAUUUGACUAUGGAUUAAUUUCACCAGAAUGUGUCCAUAAAUGUAUUCAAAAAUUACAGAGUAUGUUAAGUACAGAUAAAGAAGGACGACAAAUUUUAUCAGAAUCCCACGAGCGACAGCUUGAUUAUUGGUUGAAGGAGGGAUGCUUCAAAGAACAAAAGGAAAAGAGAAGUUCGAUUAAGUUAGAAUCUAAAGGUUUAAGUAGUUUAACAAAUAUUACAACAAAAACAACUCCAAAAAGUGAAAGUAGUAAGAAAUUUGCUAUAAAUAAAAGCGGAAUCGAUCCUUCGGAAUUUAAUCCAGAUGAUAAUUUGGAAUCAGAAAAGCAAACUGUCAAAAAAUUUUCAAGUCCAAAGAAAAAUACACCUAACCUAUCACUCCAACCAAAUAAUUUAUUUAAUAAGACAGGAAGUAAAAGGAGAUUUUCAACAAAAGAUUGUAUAUCACCACAAAGACGACGUAGUGCUGCGGAAAUUUCUGUAACAAAUGCUAAAAAAAUUAACACUAGAAGGCAAUCAAUUGCUGUUUUAAACAUCACGAAAAACAGUCCCAGUAAAAUCAAAAUGAGAAAACGUUUAUAAGACAUAAAAUUGUUUUUUCUUUUUUUUGUUUGUUUUUUUUUAAUAUAGAAAAGAAAAUAAAAAUUCUAAGAAGUAAUUUUUUUUAUAAAUAAUUUUUGAAUAUAAAUAAAAUACAAAAUUGUUGAUAUAGUCUAGAAAUACAUACGUUCAAUAUAUUAUAUACAAAAUGUUUUCGCUAAUUUUCAUCCAAAAUUUAGCUUUUAUUUUUAAGUAUUUUUUUUCACCUAGUAUAUUAAUUAUCCUAAUCAAUUAGUUUAAUUUUGACGACUUUUAAUUUUAAUAAAUCGUUGUAUUUAAUAUUAUUUUCCAUUCGUUUAU